AUGACUGAUUUGAAGACCCUCCCCUCUAAAAAAGUCGUCAUCGUGGGUGCCGGCUUCUCGGGCCUGGCUAUGGCAUGCCAGCUGAAGCAGAACCUAAGAUGUGACGACUUUGUUGUGUACGAGCGAGGGUCAGGAUUUGGAGGAACCUGGCGUGCCAACACAUACCCUGGAUGUGGUGUUGACAUCCCAGCCGUGUUCUACAGUUUUUCCUUCGCACCGAAUCCUGACUUCACCAAUCUGUUUCCCAAACAGAGCGAGGUGCUGAAGUAUAUCGACGGCGUGGCCUCGCGGUUGAAUGUAUCCCGACAUUUGGUGGGACAUACCGACUGGAUUGGGGGCCACUGGGACGAAAACACAAAAACCUGGUCUGUCAAACUAAGAGACGUCAAUACAAGCCAGGAGUAUGUCCAGACCUGUAGUGUACUGAUCUCCGCUGUUGGGGCAUUGACAAAUCCGAUGCCUUUCACCGCACCGGGGAAGGACAAGUUCGCCGGAGAUAUCAUUCACACGGCACGAUGGGAUCACGGCGUCUCUCUCCGCGAUAAGAAUGUUAUUGUCAUUGGGAAUGGCGGUAUGCUUUUCUCCCCUGUUAACAAUCCUCCGCUAAUAGCGCCGUUAGCCUCGGCCACACAGUCACCACAAUAUUUCCUUCCCGGUGGUGGAAAUACAGAUAUUACUCCGCUAUGGCAGGUGGCGUUUCGAUAUAUCCCGGGUAUCCUAUUCAUGUUGAGGCUUUUGACCUUCUUGUACCUCGAAACCUCGACUCCACAGUUCAAUCUUACGGACAACGGUGCAAAAAUGAGAAAACAAACAUCGGACAUCAGCACGUCUUAUAUCAAAGAAAGUGCACCGGCAAAAUACUGGCCCUUGUUGAUGCCUAAGGCUGAAGUCGGAUGCAAGAGAAGAGUCUUUGACCAUGCUGGCUACGUGCCCAGUUUGCAGCGUGAUAAUGUUCACCUUACCAAUGAUCCUGUCGAGUCCCUUGACGAACAUUCUAUCUCAACCAAAUCGGGCACAAAAUACCCUGCCGAUGUGAUAAUUCUUGCCAAUGGUUUCUCCUUGACUCAACACGACGCGCAUCUGCAAGGUCGCCACGGACGCAGCCGGACCGACCACUGGAACGAAAUGGGCUACAUCGAAGCAUUCAAUACCGUCGGCAUGUCAGGAUUCCCCAACUUCUUCUACAUUCUGGGCCCAAAUUCCGGACGUGGGCAUACCUCUGCCGUCCACUCUAUUGAGAGUUACGCGGUUCUCAUAACCCGAGUAAUCAAACCCAUCAUCUCUGGAUCAGCGCUCUGUGUAGAGCCAAGACUCGAGAGUGAGAAAUCCUACAACGAAAAGCUGCAAGAUAAGUUGUCUAAAACUGUAUUCACGAACUCCUGCAAUAGCUGGUACAUUGAUAGCAAAACUGGCCGCAACUGGGUGGUCUAUCCCUGGAGCUCAUUCUACAUGUGGUGGACGACUCAAAUCGCUGGAUUAGAGGACUGGUCCUAUGAGUUCUCCACGAAGCCCAAGGGAAGAGAUUCUGCCUUCAUCAUGCUCAUUGCUGCUUUGGCACUUUUGCUCGCUUUCGGCCUCUGGCUGUACGGACUUCAGCCGCUGACUGGUACCGGACUGGAACCGGAUGAGUGGAUCUCACAGAUCCCGACUCACAUGUCACUUGGGUCAUUGUAUGCGAAGGUCAUCUGA